AUGGAUUAUCAUCAUCAACAGCAGCAGCCAGAGCAGUCGUCGCUCGCAGAGGACGAUGUCGACGUCGGCGUCAGUGCGGCUCAGGCGGCCAUCGCCACGCAGGCCGCUUUGGCUGCGGCCGCAGCCUACUGCGACGACUCCCUCAUGAGCUGCGCCAGGACGCUGUCCAACGCCGUCGCCGGCUCUUCUCCCGCCGCCACCAACGGCGUCUACACUCCCUCCGACUACUACUACCAUCAGCCGCAGAUGAUGCACCAGCAACACCAUCAGGCCGACAUGUGGAGUCAGUUCAUGCCGAUGACGCCAAACUUUGGCGUCGCUCCAAACGCGGCAGCGUCUCCCAUCCACCCACGUUUGCUGUACGGACAGCAACAAAUUAUGCCGUUUGCUGGUAUUUCUCAAUUUUAUUCGAUCAUGCCAAAAUUGAUUCCCACGGUCUGUUCUCGUCGAAACGCAUAUUUUUCUUUGUUCGUUCGAAAUAUAUAGAUUUUUUCCCGGCAGACCUGCUUUUAGUGUUAUCUGAAACGAUUUUUUUUUUCAGAUGAAAAUUUAUUUAUUUUUUUCAGACCAUUUCUACAACAUGGCUCAAUCGACCCCGUCGUCGUCGUUCCUGGAGAGCUCGGCCGGCGCAACGGCGUUCACCACCAACCUGAACUUGACCAACUCGACGGCGUCCUACUCGCAAGUCAGCGGACUUCAUCCAGCUGCGCUCGGCCUCCAACAGAUCAUCUCCCAGCAGUCGCAGCAGCUCACUGCGUCAGUUUUCUUUUCUUCUACACUAUCACAAAAUCCGUUGCUUUUGCUAACAGAUGCUUAGAGAAAGCUCCAGUGGCUCUAAAAAUUUGCUUCAAAAUAGAAAAAGGGUGUUUUGAGGUAGAUUUAGGUGGCUUCCUUCGAAAAAUUGAGUUAGAUAUAGAGUUUUCUAAUCAUAACCGACCUUUAAAAUAACUUUUUUGGAAAACUGGAGUUUUGAAACCAAAUGGCUCAAAAAAUCAAUGUGCAAAAAAAUAUUUCCAGCGAGAAGAUGCUGGAGUUCCUGGCAAAGCCUGAAGAGCUCAACUGCACAGUCUCCGUUUUUCACGCAAAAGUCGCCCAGAAGUCCUACGGUAACGAGAAACGGUAAUUCUUGGCCUUCACCUUGGAAAAUGUGGCGCAGUGAAACCCAAUCGGGAAAGUGUUGGUUGAGGAAAUCUUAGGAUGUCCUCUCGCAACUGAUUGCUGCCAGCUGGCCCAACGUAUUUGGUUACCGUAUUUGGGUAAACGGCCACAGUUGCCUUUUGCAUCGCUUUUCCUUGCUGGACAGGUGUCUCUCACCUUUGGCGGCGCCUUUUUCGCGAUCAAACAUGCUCCAAGAUUUCCUCCAGCUUUUUUUUUUUGGAGUUCUGACUGCUCAGACGCUUUGUAAAACACGAUCAAACCAAUGCCAUGCAUCAAAUUUGCAAAAAGUCGAGAAAAUAGAUCUCAAAAACUUCAUUCAAGAGAUUUUCGAAAAUUAAGUUAUGACCGACUUUUUUGAAAAAAAAAAUUUCCUGAUCGUCACGGGAAAUUAUUCUUGAAGCUUUUAGAAAAAGAGCUUAGGACUUUUUGGCUUUGAUUUAAACUUUGCCUCUGUAGAAGUUCAUCGAAAGUGUUUCGUUUCAAUUUUCCCUGAAUUUAAUAUGAAAAGUCUUCUUUUCAAAUUUUCAAGCAGUGUUUCGAAAAUAUAAUAUUUUUGCGCCGGUAAUCUCGGAUAAAUAGUUUGGACUUUCUGAUUACAAAAUAGGCGAUCUUGACACAGCUCCAAGCGGGUUGACCUCAACUAGAGGUGUCAAUAGCUGGGAUGGUAGCUCGUCUCGUGCAUGAGCGAUUGUGUUUUUUUGUUUCCGAGGAGGACGCCCCAUUUACAGGCUCAAAAAUCUGUUUGGCCAAGGGCUUGCACUCGUCCGCACACGUGCUUCCUUAAGAGGCCGUGUGUGUGUCUGUUGAGUAAUAUAGCGAAUCAAUUAGCAUAUUGUAGAAGAGUGGGAGUGCGCGAGAUUUGGUCCGCAAAGUGCUGGGAUCUGCGUCCGGCUGAUUGCCACGGAUUUCCUUAAUUGCUAGUAAGCCUUUAAAUGUGCCUUCUAAGGUUUUCAGGCCAGAUAAAUUGUUUUACUUGGGUUAAAUAGGGUUCCUUCAAUGUAUUGCUACUAUACUAUAAGGUGGGAAUUACACAACUUUCUAGCCCUCAUUUUACACCCUGAUUCAUGCAUGUAGAAGUAGAAGCAGGAAAAAAUCUCAAAAAAACCUACUUAUUUCCUUUUAAAGAUCAUUACGCCCUCUUCAAAGUUUUUCAUCAUUCCAUCAAAAAAAAAGAUGUGGUGCACUGUAGAACCCCCAUUGUUCGUCGUCUUUUUAUGACUGAAAUCAUCACCCAAAUGACCGUAAAAUCGAUUUUCACGCGGUUUAUUGGCUUAUAUCUGGAGCAUGUUUGCAUAAUGUUUCGGAAAUCGUUGGAGCGAACAUGACGUUGCCUUUUUGGCCCUGAUUGUUUUAUGGAUGGCGUGGGAGAAUAUCUGCGUUCGCUCCAACGAUUUCAGUAUACAGUUUCGAAAGAAAACGAUGUUUUUCAAGGAAAACUAUUUUGGUUCACAAAGCGAAAGUAUUACAUUGAUUGAGCACGAUGAUUGGCUGAGAAAGAAAUCUGUGAGAAAUUACGGAAAAAUAUUAAUUUCUGAACGUUGAGAAACGAUGUUCAUAGUUCUUGCGCAACCUGUAAAAAAAAGUUGCAACAUGAAAAAUUUUUUCUAAUAGUCAAACUUAUAGCAAAUAUGAAAAAAUUUACCGCUCUUGCGCAGGUCAAAAGGAUAAUAAUCUCAUAGUAUAAACCGUACGAGCUCUUCCGAUAGUUUCGAGUUUGUUUCAUUUCCAGCCCUAACAAAUUCGUUGACGAAUUUGCAAGACGAUAUGCGUUGUUGUCGCUGCACAUGGCGGCUGUGUGUGUGUGCACAUCGACGUCCCGAGGCGGGUUACGGUAGAAUAUUCCCACGCCUUGGGCGCUCCGUCGACUCGGCUCUCAAAAGACCGCUGUCGAUGGGGAGAAGUAGCUUUAGUCGCUUGCAAUUGAUUGAGCCCAAUCAGUUUACCAUGAAAAACGAUUGGAGAAGUUUUUCAUGUGAAGUUGUUCCCAUAAAGAAAGUUGACCUAUUCUGAUAAAAUUCAAUGCUUGGAGAAUGAAAAAACGCUGAAUUCCCCUCGGAUUUUGAAUUGCGAGAUUUGUUCAGGCUUCCUCGAAAACGCUUGAGGCGUCAUUUUCGGAAAAUCAAAAAAUCUACGCCUUGCAAAUUUCUGUGUCUUCAUUUAGGACUUAUAACAGCGCUUUGGUCGAAAAAAUUUCCCGGAACUUCCGGUAGUCUUAUUUUCCUCCAAGCUUUGGUUAACAAAUGCAUGGAUACAGCCCCGUGGCAGAAAAUCAUUGAAGAAAUUAGGCUGAUCUAAGAAUUUUUAUCUAAAUAAAGAUUUUAGUGAAAUCGUAUCUGAAACUACUUAUUCCAGAUUCUUCUGCCCGCCGCCUUGCAUUUACCUGAUGGGCAAAGGAUGGGAACGAAAGAAGGAAAAGGUAAAUAAAAGGCCAAAAAAGUGAGAAAAAAAAGAGCCAAAAUUUAUUUUCAGACUGGGUCGCUGUACAAGACGAUGAAGCAGAAGAUCCUGAUGGACAUGCCGCCGGAGCAGGAGCACAUCCACGACCAACAGUCGACGGAGCUCAUCGCCUACAUCGGCAUCGGCUCUCCUUCCGAGCAGGAGAGGCAGCAGCUCGACUUCUCCUCCAACAAGCCGCGUCAUCCGGCCGACCAGCGUCAGGAUCCCAACAUCUACGUGAGAAAUCGAGGAAAAGCCGUCGAAUGAGCUCGUAUCUCUUUCAGGACUACUGCGCCGCCAAGACCCUCUACAUCAGCGACUCGGACAAGAGGAAGUACUUCGAGCUGUCGGCUCAGUUCUUCUAUGGCUGCGGCAUCGAGAUCGGCAACUUCCUGUCUCAGCGAAUCAAGGUUAGUCGGAAAAGUGGAGAGAAAACAACUCUCAGCGUGGGAAGAGGAGAUUUCAUUCGAUGUUUUUUUCGCUUUCAUUAUCAUCGUCGCAAUUUGAGAAGAAAAAUAAUUAAAAAAAGAAAAAAUAAUAAAAGCUCGUUUGGAACUAAAAUUUUCUCACAGGUUAAUUAGGAAUAGUAAUAAGCAACACUCAUCAAAUUUAUAAAGUUAACAACUAUCUGACCGUAAUAUUUUUCAGGUUAUCAGCAAGCCUUCGAAGAAAAAGCAAAGCAUGAAGAACACGGACUGCAAGUACCUCUGCAUCGCCUCGGGCACCAAGGUAGCGUGACUCCCCCCAAAGGGACCCCUUAAGGGACAUUUCUACAGGUGGCGCUGUUCAACCGACUCCGCUCUCAGACGGUCAGCACGCGGUACCUACACGUCGAGAACGGCGCCUUCCACGCCAGUUCCACCAAAUGGGGAGCCUUCACCAUCCAUCUCUGUAGGCCGCCCGAAGUAACUCCCGAAUAUCCGGUUCUGUUCAGACGACGACCACGAAUCGACGACCCACGAGAGCGAGAAUUUCCUCGUGAAAGACGGCUUCGUCUACUACGGCUCCGUGGUGAAGCUCGUCGACAGCGUCACUGGAAUCGCUCUUCCGAGGCUUCGUAUUCGCAAGGUCCUACUCUUUGCCAGAAUCAUCAGAAUCUCAUACCUAGCUUUAAGUUCUUCAGAAGAUCCAGGAGUUUUUCGCAAAAAACGGUAGAAUUUAGUCCCUCAGAGAUCUAUGUUUGCUUUUCACGAAGCUUUCAGUUUGAUAAGACAAGAAAUCAAAAAGUGGUCACUUCAGGGCACAACAGUCUUUCAGUCAAGUUUCAGCUCUACUUUCUCACAGAUUGUAUUGAGGCAGCAUGACUAUGAAAAAAAUGCCUUCAAAUUUUUUUAAAAACCCUUCUGGUUUUUUUAUUUCAAUAUUGAAUUUUUAGGCUAACUUAAAAUUUUAUUUUUCACCGCAAUCACUAAAUUUCAAAACAGCCAGGAAGAAGAAAAAAAAUCGAAGUUUGCUGUGAAAAUCCAAUCUCAAUAAAAAAAAAGGCUCAAGUGGCGAGUUUCAGGUUGACAAGCAGCAAGUGAUUCUGGACGCGCUGGUUUCGGAAGAGCCCGUCUCGCAGCUCCACAAAUGCGCCUUCCAGAUGAUCGACAACGAAACCGUCUACCUGUGUCUCAGCCACGACAAAAUCAUCCAGCACCAGGUCGGUACACGGCCAAGAUGACCACUCCCAAGUUGGACGUUUUCCAGGCCCAAGUCAUCGACGGACAGCAUCAUCAGAUCAGCGACGGCGCCGCCUGGACCAUCAUCUCCACGGAUAAGGUUCUUACAAUGGGGCAAUCAUAGAAGAGGCGGAACUGAACUUUUAAGUUGCAGAAUGCGGAAUUUUUGUUUUGCAUAGCGUGGAAUUCCGCUCAUCUAGGAAUCAUGAAAUAGGAAAAAAGUUUAACACAGAACAAGGAACUUGAAAAAUCUUUUUGUUUCCCUUCUAAAAAUGUAAGAUUCAUCCUGGUGUUCAGAUCGAAAAAGCAUCGGUUGGUUUUCAUUUGCGAUUUUUAACCUCUUCGAACUCUAUCCAGAAAAAAACUGAUCUCGAAGUUUUCAGACUUUAACUUUCUGUUUGAAUAAAAGCAUCGUUAUAUUUUGCAAAAACUUUGAACGUCUCGACUUUUUGAAUUUAUAUUCAUUAUUUUGGAUAGUUCAACUUUCAUAGUAUUACACUGAAAAAAAAUUUUUUGAAUCUAGUUCUUCUUGAUAACAUAAUAGCAUAACAUCAUAAAUCUGUGAGUCAUCACACUUGAAACUUUCUAGUUAUCGUAUACGUUCACUGAUCAAACAUUGUUUUUCUGAUCGACUCAUUUUUUUUUUCGUUUUAAUGGAAGUCGUUUUUCACGUUACUACCUUGUGACCGUGAGAAAUUUUUCUUGAUUUUUUCGCCUCACCAAAUUUUCUUGGACAUUUUUUUGUCUACAACUACGGUAUAAGUAAUAACGUGAGAAUUUCUUAUUACGUUUGUUUCAAGUUUUCGUUGGCCAAAAAAUAAGUAAAAGUAAACAUUUAGAGUCCAAGGUACAAUCAUUCAGAUAUACAUUUUGAUGGAACUUUUUUGGAAUGAAACACAUCGUCAUCCUAAUAUAAUACUAUUUUUGGCAGAAUUUGAAACAAAAGUUUUAGUUUUUUAUCUCUUAAACACAAACAUCUUUUAAAAAUUAAUCUUUGGGAGUCAUUGGGGUGAAAAUUUCAACUUUUCUGAAAGACCCAUAAAAUGAAGUUGGAAAAAAAGAGAAAACGUAUUUCGGAUCGUAUGUCUUGAUUUAAAACAAAAAAAAUUUUUCAAAGGGCCUUCUGCAAAAAUCAUCCUAAAAUCUUUCAGGCGGAGUACACGUUCUACGAGGCGAUGGGUCCAGUCGGAAACCCGGUCUCGCCGGUCCCAGUGAUGGUCUCCUUGGAGCUGGACGACAGUGAGAAUAAUCCGCGGGUCGAACUCCACGGCCGCGACUUCAAGCCCAACCUGAAGGUCUGGUUCGGCGCCACUCCCUUGGAGACCCACUACAGGUUGUCUCGUUCAUCCGAAUCCCCCAAACCGUCAAUUUUCUCAGGACUGAAGAACAUCUGAUGUGUCUGGUGCCGCCGAUGUCGACCGUGAAGAACGAGACGACGAGUUGGCUCCUCGGAAACGAUGCCAGCACUGAUGUGAGUUUGGCUGCAGAACUCCCUCAGAGUUUGAAAGAGAGAUCUUGUUUUUCUGUGGUCACAAUUUAUAAAAAGUCCAAAAAUAAUUUCUUGACAUCAAAUCCACCUUACUUUUACCAAUCAUAUUCAUUUGUAGGUCCCAAUCUCCUUGGUUCGCGACGACGGCGUGAUCUACGCGACGGGCCUCUCGUUUUCCUACAAAACUCUGGAGUUGCACCAACGAAGAAAUAACUUCCGCGGCUUCUCCUGA